CACUGCUUUCCCUCCUCCUCAUCCUCAUCUUCAUCUCUAGACCUCAUCUUCUCCAGCCACCACCGCCUCCCUUCCCACCGGUGGUGGCAGCGGGAAGACAGCGGCUCGGUUGAGCCCGGCGGGGAGGGCACGAUUUGGUAUGGGAGGAGCAGCGGCGACUCCAUCCGGCGGUGGAUCCGCCGCCUCCUAGUCCCAGCUCUCUCUCCCCCGAUCCUCCUCCUCCCCUUCCUCCACCGCCACCACCCACCCCUCUCCCUCUCUCAGAUCUGGUGCGCGGGGAGCGGUGGAGGCUACGGCGGCGGCGGCGGCGAGAUCGGUAGCAGUGAUGGUGGAGAGGACGGAUCCGAUGGCGGUGGUUCUCGUCAACCAGUUCAAGGACGACGACAGCAGCGGCUGCUGCAACGAUGGAUAGGCUCUGGGCGGCUCCUCCACUCUCCUCCCCUCUCUCAUAUCCAGUGGCUCGGGGUGGUGGGGCGUGGCCGACGCAUCCGGCGGCGGAGCUCGGGUAUCGAUCCGGCAUGUUUUUUUUUCUCCAAAAUCAAUUUUUCUUGGUGGUCGGGAAACGGAUUUUCAAUUUUCUUUUUUUCGCUCGAAUAUCUUUUUCGCUGGCGGUCAACGUAACUUAACCGCUUGUGAAAACAAGCUUUAAAGUUUCGCUAGUGAAGAUUGUUAUUUUCACUUGCCAUUUGUUUGCGGGCGGCUGACAGUGCCACCAGCGAAAAACUCUUUUGCUAGUAGUGAUUGCUAGAUGGUCAGCAGAGAACUUGUGGAGCAUAUGACUAUCAACUAACAGUACACUUCAGCAGAAAGAGGAUGGUUCUAGCUCUCCGAUGGUUUAAUAUUGAAACGUACAGCCCACCCACCACCACCCCAGUCGUCCCCAGCUAAGCGCUCCCUUGCUUGCCUCAGUAGACGAGCUGCCAACUAGUAGCACUCCAGCAAGCAGCGGGUCAGCGGAGUCCGGAGGGCGCACGUGCGCCGCAGCGAGGUAUCAGCAUGGCCAGGCGGCGGCUGGCUGGCCGGCCGGGUUCGGCAAGCGGCUAAGCAGGUGUUUAGCGGAGGAAGGAUCGAUGUCCGGCGCCGGACAGAGCCGUGGUCAUCGCCUUGGAUUACACAUUGAUUCGGAUUGGCCAGAGGUCUUGUUGAUCAAUGACUAUGCGGUGUUCAUGGGGUACCUGUCGAUGGUUGUCACCGGGACGGGGUUCCUGGUGCUCACGUGGUCCACCGUCAUCCUCCUCGGUGGAUUCGUCUCCAUGCUAUCCAACAAGGACUUCUGGAGUCUCACGGUGAUCACGCUCGUUCAAACAAGGAUAUUCGAUGUUUUUCUGAAUGGAAAAGUAAGCCACAUUGGGUACUCAUUGAAGCGCUUGUGCAAGGCCGCACGCUUCAUCGCGUUGCCCCAUAACCAUAAGAAGGUUGGGUUCAGGGGUGCUGUUCGAGUGCUUGUCUUCACCAUCGUCUUGUGUCCGCUGUUCCUGCUCUACAUGUUUGGGCUCUUCGUUUCCCCCUGGAUUUCGCUGUGGCGUCUAAUCCAGCAGGAUUACGGCGUGACGGCCGGAGACAGCAGCAGCAAGGCACACCUGCAGCCUGCGCUGGUGGUUCUCUACUCCCUGGCCCUGUUCCAGGGCGUCCUCUUCUACUACAGGGCCAUCUCUGCUUGGGAAGAACAGAAGCUAGUGAAAGAUGUGGCCGACAAAUACAUGUUUGAUACAGUGUCGCGCAGUUCAGUUUCGGACUAUUUACAUGAGAUCAAGGUCGGAUGUGAGAAUGACCCGUCCUUUGCCAGAGGGAGGAACCUGAUCACAUACGCUGUCAAGCUGAUGGAAUCCACAUCACCGGAUGGGUACCUUUCAGGUGCACGGAUUCUUGAUACACUCAUCAAGUUUAAUAGAGAUGAUGCAUCGGGGAGCGAAUUACCGGGGCAGAGUAUGCAGAUAUACAAUAUGAUUGGAUCUGCAUCCUCCAGUCCCAUACUCCACAACUUAGUUCAGAUGCUGGAUUUCAAAAGUGCAUAUGAUGGAGAGAUCAGGUUGCGAGCCGCAAGGAUUGUUGAGCACUUUGCUGGUGAGGUCCGUUUAGACAAAAUCCUGCAGGGGAUUCGAUGUGUAUCUUCCUUGCUUGAACUCGAGCAGAAAGGAUUUCAGAAUGACCACCAUAGUUCUUUCCAAGAAGACGACGGCGACCAACUUUCUUUUGAAGAAGAGGAUGAUCACCAGAUUUCUGUCAAAGAAAAGGAUUAUUACCCCAAAGAUUAUAAACAGAUGCAACUUACAGGCAUGCAGAUCCUUUUAAAGCUCUCCUACGACAAGAACAACUUGUUCCUCAUGAGCAACACAGAUGAUCCGGCCUUGAUCAACAAGAUUGUGGCACUUAUAACGUCCAAGGGAUCACUUCACAAAAAACAACAUAACGAAUGGUCCUGUAUGGCAGAGCUCGGGGUGAAGAUACUAAGCCGAUUUAUGCGAUUUAUGUAUGGCCCUACAAAAUCAAACAAUAUUCUGUGGCAUGAAAUAUCAACAAGCAGCAAAGCAAUCGGCACCUUGGAGAGUAUUCUUGAGUGUGACCAAUGUGACUCUGUGCUGAAGAAACACGCCAUAAGGAUUCUCAAAAGGAUAUUCAUGGAUACAUCUUCGGCUAUGGGUGAAGGAGACAGAGAAAGGUUCAUUGGCUCCUUGAUGGACAUGUCUCUUCACAACAGUAAUGGUGACUUUCAAAAUCUGGCAGGUGUAGAUCUGGCGCUCAAGAAACAAGGGUUAAGCAUUCUCAAAGAAAUAUACUUGAAUCCAUCUUCGAUUAUGGGCGAAGGAGACAGAGAAAGGUUCAUCGGCUCCCUGAUGGACAUGUUUCUUGACAACAGUAAGGGCGACUUUGGAAAUCUGCCAGGUGAAGAUCUGGACCUCAAGAAACAAGAGUUAAGUAUUCUCAAAGAAAUAUGCAUGGAUCCAUCUUCGUUUAUGGGCGAAGGUGACAGAGAAAAAUUCAUCGGCACCCUGAUGGACAUGUUUCUUCACAACAGCAAGGGCGACUUGUUUGAAAAACUAGCAGGUGAUGAUCUGGUGCAGAUAUGUAGAAGAAGUGGAAGCAGUGCCACGAUCAUAUUGAGGAAAUAUGGUCAUGAUAUUGUUGAUUGUAUUGCUGAUACUCGUUCAAGCGUAUAUAGCAGCAUGCACAGAAAAAUUGCAGCAAAGAUCCUCAAUCAUCUGUGUAGUCCCUACUCCACUGACGAGGAACAUCUUCAGAAUCUGAAGGAGGCCAUCAUUGAUUUGAUACCCAAGGUGCUAAGAGAAGCACUUGGUUGGGGGUUGACAGGAGAAGAGAUACUGCGAGUGGCAGUUUCAGGCCUUGAAGGUACCCAAGAUGAUGACUGGAAAUUGCAGGAAGCAUUGGCGUCCCUCUGUGCAACCGUGUUUAACAGAAUUGUCAGCAAGGAUGCAGAUUUGACUGCUCGGUUCAACAACAUCGCCGCUGGUAUCUGCGACCAGACAACGAAGCCUCGCAUGACCUUCGCAGACCUCAUCAAUGAAGCUGUAAAAGUUCAUCGCAUCGAAUUUAAAAAACCAGAAAAACCAAAACCAGCUGCCAGGCCGGAACUGUACGAGUUUGUGACUGCGAAAUACACCCCGCCCCACUUUAUGUUUUUGGGCGAGGAAGAUCCCAACGCGUGUUGUAUCUCUUGAUAACACCCUAAUUUGUACUUUCUCCGUUUCACAAUGUAAGUCAUUCUAUUAUUUCCUAUAUUUAUAUGGAUAUUAAUGAAUCUAUAUAUAUAUAUAUAUAUAUUUGUCUAGAUUUAUUAACAUCAAUAUGAAUGUGGAAAAUACUGAAUGACUUACAUUUUGAAACGGAGGGAGUAAUGCAAACCGAGGAUGAAAAAAUAUAUAUGCCUAUACGGUACUGCUCCAUUUCCAAAUAAAUUCCCGUUCUGCUUUA